UAGAAGGUGCACCACAUUGGUUUGGUGCCGAAGUGAAUAUGAAGUCGAAGGUUGUCUCAUUUAUGGACUCCCUACACACCGCAAUGAAUGAGAAGUAUCGUGUGGAGGCUACGAAAGAAAUGUUGUCGACGUUGGACCUUUUGUUUGAGGAGAAUAGGUCGAAGAAUGUGACUUUCGUGGAUUUCAGAAUUGACAGGAAAGAUCGCGGGCUUCCUCAACAAGACAAUGACCGAGAUUGCGGAGUAUACGUCAUGAAGUACAUGGACGCUGUGGCCAAUGAGGAAGAAGUAGUUGAUGAGGUAUACCACUUUUUAAAUAUUGCAGAAUGUACUACGCAAGUUUGAUUGAGAUUAACGUUGUGUAAUUUAAAUUUUAUUCGGUGUUUUACUGUGAAGUUGAUUAGAGUUAAUUACAUUUUCUAAGUUUUUG